AUGGGGCGUGACGAGGCUGCGGAAGGCGGAAAGAGCCCUUGGCACUUAUUUCAGAGGGAACGUGCGUGGAGCUGGGCCAGCAAAGUAGAGUUGCGAGGUGAGGUCCUCUUUCUCUUUCUCCCCCACCCCCUUCCAGAUGACACCAUCUUGAAAGGAGUGGAUGACAGCAAUGCCCUCGUCCUUCCAUCACGAAAAGCCCGGCAGGAGAAGCCUGCCCCUUGUGAUCAAGCUCCAGGGAGGAGGCCCCUGAGCAAGAAGCAGAAGAAAAUUUUGCAGAAGGUUUUGGAACAGAAAGCCAAGAAAGAAAAGCGAGCGGAAUUGCUGAAAAGGCUGAGCGAAGUCCAGGUGUCUGAGGCUGAAAUGAAACUCCUGUAUACCACUUCCAAGCUAGGAACAGGAAAGCGGAUGUUCCAGGCCAAAAGGUCAGCCCAAGAACCGAGUGCCGGCUGGUCGAAGAAAAUCAAAAGCGUUGGGGGGGCAAAUAGGAAAAGAUGCAGGCUUGAAUUGGAGGAGGAGGUGGAAGAAGAGGGAAAGGAGGAGGAAGAGGAGAGUGGGGAAUCUGAGAUGGAAGAACAGGUUGAAGAGGGACUUCCAGAAGCCUCUGCUGCCUCUGAGACAGAAUCCGGAAAGGUCUCCCACUCUCCGCUCUGUUUGCCCAAAGAACCUGAUAGAUCUUCUGUGCAAAAGGACACAACCUCUAAGCCCACGUCAGAACCCGUGGUUUUCAUUCCAGUGGAUCGAUCCUCUGAGAUUCAGGAAGCCAGGUUGAAGCUCCCAAUCCUUGCCGAAGAGCAAGUCGUAAUGGAAGCCGUGCGGGAGAAUCCCAUAAUUAUCGUAUGCGGGGAAACGGGUUGUGGCAAAACCACGCAAGUGCCUCAGUUCCUCUAUGAAGCAGGCUACGCAAGCUCCAGCGGCAUCGUUGGGAUUACAGAACCUCGGCGCGUAGCAGCGAUAUCUAUGUCUCAGCGCGUUGGAGCGGAAAUGAACUUGUCAUCACGUGUGGUUUCCUACCAAAUCCGGUACGAAGGGAACGUGACAAACGAUACGAAAAUCAAGUUCAUGACGGACGGUGUGCUGUUGAAAGAAAUCCAGAAGGAUUUCCUGCUGUCCAAGUAUCGUGUCAUUAUUCUUGACGAAGCCCACGAAAGGAGCGUGUAUACCGACAUCUUAAUUGGUCUUCUAUCUCGCAUCGUGCCUCUUCGAGCCAAGAAAGGGCAGCCGCUGAAACUGAUCAUCAUGUCUGCUACGCUGCGAGUGGAAGAUUUCACUGCUAACCAGAAACUCUUCCCCGUUGCUCCUCCGGUUAUACAGGUGGACGCGAGGCAGUUCCCAGUCGCCGUGCAUUUUAACAAGAGGACCCCGCUGGAUGAUUACAGCGGGGAAUGUUUUCGGAAGGUCUGCAAAAUCCACCGGAUGCUCCCUCCAGGGGGGAUUUUGGUAUUCCUAACUGGACAGGCUGAAGUCCACUCCCUGUGUCGGAGGCUAAGGAAGGCGUUUCCUUUUUGCAGAAAUGCCGCCCCGGGGCCUGAAGAUGAGGACGAUUCUCUGGAAGCCGUCCGAAGAUUUAAGAAAUCCAGACAGAGAAAGAAGCACGCCCUUCAGACACUCCCCAAAAUUGAUCUGGAUAAUUAUUCCAUUCUGCCGGUGGACGAAGGAGACGAAGACCGAGAGGCGGCAGGGGACGAUGACGAAGAAGCGAACUCGGCUGGUUCAGAUCUUGACCUUGACCUGGGCGAAGAUUGCUCGCAAGAAGGUCAGAAACCGGAUUCUUCCCACCCUCUUUAUGUUCUUCCACUCUACUCUUUGCUGGCUCCUGAGAAGCAAGCCAAGGUUUUCAGGCCCCCUCCUCCUGGCACAAGGCUGUGCGUCGUGGCGACCAACGUGGCGGAGACGUCUCUGACCAUCCCGGGCAUCAAAUACGUGGUGGACUGCGGGAAGGUCAAGAAACGCUUCUACGACAAAGUCACCGGGAUCUCGUCAUUCAGGGUCAUGUGGACGUCCCAGGCCUCUGCCAACCAGCGGGCGGGCCGAGCUGGUCGAACAGAACCAGGCCACUGUUACAGGCUUUAUUCUUCGGCUGUGUUCAGCGAUUUUGAGCAGUUCUCUGCUCCCGAGAUCACCAGGCGGCCUGUGGAUGAUUUAAUUCUGCAAAUGAAAGCGUUGAACAUCGAGAAGGUGAUCAAUUUCCCGUUUCCGACCCCGCCAUCCAUGGAUGCGCUGAUAGCUGCGGAGGAAUUGUUGGUGGCACUUGGUGCCUUGAAGGCCCCCACCACAACUGGAAGGUUGGAAAAGCUGCAGGAAGCCAAGUUCAGCUGCCCCAUCAGCCCCUUGGGGGUCAUCAUGGCCUCCUUCCCGGUAGCUCCCCGGUAUGCCAAGAUGCUUGCCUUGAGCAAACAGCACAACUGCAUGCCCUACACCAUCGCCUUAGUCUCGGCCUUGACAGUGAGGGAGUUCUUUGAAGAGUUCAACAGGCCUGCCGUGAGCGAAGAAGAACAGAAGAACCUGAAAGGGAAGAGGGCUCGAAUGGUGCAGAUGCAACGGGUUUGGGCUGGGCCAGGACCUUCUCGGAAGCUGGGAGACCUCAUGGUGAUGCUCGGAGCUGUGGGCGCCUGUGAAUACGCGGGGUGCACUCCUGAGUUCUGUAGCGCAAACGGCCUGCGUUACAAAGCCAUGGUGGAAAUCCGGCGGUUGCGCGGGCAGCUCACGACCGCAGUGAACGCCGUCUGCCCGGAGGCCCAGCUCUUCGUUGACCCCCAGAUGAAGCCCCCCACAGAAGAGCAGGUCACUUUCUUGAGGCAGAUCGUCCUGGCAGGGCUGGGAGACCACAUCGCCCGAAGGAUCCGAGCCGAGGAACUCCUCGACAAGAAGUGGAAAAACGCCUAUAAGACGCCACUUCUGGACGAUCCAGUGUUCAUCCACCCCAAUUCUGUCCUGUUUAAGGAUCUCCCUGAGUUUGUGGUGUUUCAGGAAAUAGUUGAAACCACCAAGAUGUACAUGAAAGGGGUUUCAGCCAUUGAACCGGAGUGGAUCCCUCUCCUCCUGCCUCCCUACUGCCAUUUUGAAAAGCCAUUGGAUAAUCCUCCCCCGUUUUACUGUCCCGAAACGGGCCACGUCCGUUGCCACAGGCCCAGCACCUUCUAUCGGGUCGGUUGGCAGCUUCCUGCGGUGGAGGCAGAUUAUCCAGAAGGCCUUGAUCGCUUAAAACUUUUUGCCAAGUUUCUCUUGGAAGGAAAGGUUGUGAAAACGUUGGCAGCCUACAGCCGUUGCCUGCUGUCGAGUCCGGUCACGAUGCUGAAGACGUGGUCCAAGCUCCAACCGAGGACAGAAUCCUUGCUUCAGGCGCUCAUUUCCGAAAACGCGGAUAACAGCAACGCUUUGCAAGUUGCCUGGGAGAAGAAUCCGAAAUAUUUGCUGGCAGAAUAUUGCCAGUGGAUUCCACAAGUGACCCACGAGGAAGUAGCUAAAAUCUGGCCUCCGGUGGCGUGAUGCUGUGGGUGUUUGAGCUAGGAGCUCUCCGGCUUGGGUUCUCCCCGAAAACACCAUGGAAAAAGCAAGAUCCAUAAUUGCACAAGGAAAAGGGGAGAGGAAUUCGUUGGUGCCCAAGGAGCAACACGGGUGUGAUCUGUGACAUUUACCUGCAAAGAAGUCAUCGCCGGGCAGAGAAUUUCCUUGAAGAUGUUCGAGAGAAGAAGUUUGAGGCAUGCUGGAUUGAAGUCGCAAGCCUCACACGUUCCAUUAAGCUGCGUUUCUUUUCAUCGUGGUUUUCUGGCUAAGCCGCAAUGGUUAAACUUUCGCCCGCAGACCCAGAAACCAUGGCUUAGACAUCACAAGGGGUUGGUUCACGCAAACACACGGAGCCACAAACACACCACGUUAAGGCUUAGCAGAGUAGAGAAACUCUCCCUUCACACGUUCCAACCCUACAACGAACUGCAGCUCUUCCAGGUUUUGCAGAAAUAAACGUCAAGAAACGGCACGUGCUUGAAAAAAAAUAAAUGUUAUAGUUUUGAGUCUCUUUACAUCUGUUUCUUUUCCUUUAAGGGCUCCUCGUGCUAAUCUUGGCAUUUUCUGUUCAUACCCGCUGGGAGUCGCAGCAGUUUGUAAAUGCAAUAAUUCAAUGAAUAUUUACCCUCUACGUUCUGUGGUUUAUUUUCCUUUGCUUCGACACACACACCCUCGAGAUGUUUUAAUUUGAAUGCCCGCGGAGGGCAGGAGAAGCAGAUUUUUCUUUCGAGAUGGGAUUUCCUUCUGCUCCAGUUGCAAUGGUGAAAAUGUCCCCACCCCCUCCCCACAACCCUUUGUGGGUUUUGAACUUGAUCAUCCAGUUGGAAAGAAUGAAGUAGAAUCGCUUUGGGUGGCUCAAUGCAUCAGUACCUUGUAAAAAAUGGAAUUUUCAAAUGUAAGACAACCGUUGUCUUGGGGGAAGAAUCUCAGAAACUGCCCUACACAUCUUCUGGCCUUUUUAUAUUUUUAAAGCUGCACUGGGGUGGCAUUUAAUUUCGUUGUACAAGUAGUACAAUGACAAUAAAGAUGACUUUGACUUUGAUAAUGACUUUAAAAAACAACCAAAGCACGCACUUGUUCAUAAAUCGGUUAUUGCCCUGAACGAUGCCAUUUUCUGAAAUAAAUAUUUUU